CUGCUUAAAUGUUAACUUAAUCAAAUCCAAAAAAACGAGCUCGAAAACCAGUAGCUAUGUGGAUGAUACAAGUGAACAGCAAGUUUUUGUGCCAACCAUCAAAGCUAAAAUGCUGCACACGGAAUCUUUGCCCGCACAUCAAGGGAUCUACACGCCGCUAAGUCAGGCAAUGAGCGAUUCCGAGUCCGAUGAGGAGAUUGAGAUACACAACGCUAGCAAGCAUCAGCGACAGCGACAGCUAAAAACACAACAGCAACAGCAGCACACACAGCAGCAACAGUUGCAACUGCAACAGCAGCAGCAACAGCAAAAUCAACGCAUCCGAAAUCCACCAAAUACUUUAGCUUUAAAAUCGCCACACACUCGGCCAACGGCCACACGCAUUGUGGGCGGCUCUCAGCUGAAGCAGCAAUCAAAUAAAGUCAAAUUGGAAAAUAGCAACAACGGCAACAGCAACAACAGCAGCAGCAGCUACACCAACAACAUGCAAAACACAUUUCGAUCCGUGAUGCUUAGCGAUUUGGGCGGCGGCGGCGGAGGAUCAGCAGGCGCCAGCGCAGGCGUUGAGUUCUCCAAUUUUAAUGGUGACUACGAUGUGAGUGCGGAUAAUGUUGCCAUCCUCGGCAGCCACACGGAUGAGGCGAAGCGUUUGCCCAUGUCAACUAGGAGACGUUGUUGUUUCAUUGCCUCCUUGUUGCUGUGUCUGUUUGCAGUUGUGGGCUUCGUUUGGAUUGUGCCCUGUGGCAAUGCAGAUGGCACUGGUGCCUGUCCGGCGCCCGUCGAUCGCAUCAAGACACACAACUGGCUGAAUAACUAUACCAGAUGUGAGCUGAGGGGUGGCGUCAAUGUUGUUGCUGGCUUGCGGGCGUGGGAGAAUAAUUUGAUAUUCCUUUAUCGUGGCGAUGUCUUCUAUCCGGAAUUCCGACCCGACGAGCACAAGCGGAAUGGCAUCAUCUCGCUGAUCGGCAGCUCGGGAGUCGUCGCGUGGUAUGAUGCGACUGUGGACGAGCCGGUGGCCAUUGAUUGUACGCUGCUCGAUGUGGAUAGCAAUGGCAAGCCCGAUUGUCUGGUCAUCGAUGAGUACGGCGAACUGGGCGCCAUCAAUUCGGCAAGUGGUCAGUGGCAUUGGCGCUUCAUGGAUCGGGCGGCCCACAAACUGGACGUCUAUGAUUUUCCCUUGAUACUGCCCGAUAUCGAUGACGACGGCGUGCUGGAUAUAUUGCUGAUAUCGUGCAUAACGUUGGAGCAGCGCACCAAGACUUUUGUGCAGCAGGAACAGCAGCCGGGCUCGGCGGCAGCAGCAGCGCUCGAGGCACGCAACGUGCUCCGCCUGCUCUCCGGCAGGGAGGGUAAACCAAUUGGAGAGGGCUUUCGCAUUCAUGACUGUCAGAAAUUGUCCAAGCUACAGCUGGACACAGCAGCGGGAUCUGGCGCCGCUUCAGCGGGCACAUUGAGCAUCAGUUACAGCUGCUGGCGCAACAGCACGGAGCUGCAACGCUCGAAGACGCUGGCGGAGCUCUAUGCUCUGAUUACGAACAAAUCGAUUGUGGGUCGCCGACUGUUGCCCGCCUCGAAGAUCGCCCAACAUCGUCGCUAUGGGCAGCGCAAGGAUAUGGAUGCACAGCGCAAUGUGUAUUUGCUGAGUGGACGUGAGCUGAUCGUGGAGAAUCGUGGCAAGUGCCCGGAUUGCAAUGUGACGUUGAAGUUGAGUGAAACUCACGACGGACGUCGGACCACGUUGCGCAAUUUCACUAAUAGUGGCAUGUACGGCAUGGUGCCGGCUCAGUGGCACUUUAAGAACACCAAAUCAAAGAUGUCUGGGUUUGUCAUCAAGUUCUGGAAGUGGCACGAUGAGGCAGGCAAGCAGGAGCAACCACACUCGAAGGCAAGCAGUGGCAGCAGCAGCAAAAACAACAACAACAGCGUGGACAAGAGCCACAAUUACACAAACAGCAGCAGCAGCAGCUCCUCUUCCACCUCCUCCAAGAACAUCAUACGGGACAAGGACAAAAGUAAGGACAAGUCAUACUCCAAGGCGCAGCAGCAGCAGCAGAAGAAGCAGCAGCAACAACAGCAACAGCAAUCACAACGCUUGAAGCGCUCUGAUGCAGUGCAUCAUCAUGAAUUUCCCGCGGCACGCUUGGAAUUCGAUGCCUUUGACCAUCUAUUGCAUAAACGUGACGCCUCAUUCCAUGUGCCCAAUCACGGCAAGAAUCAGACAGCCAAACCGGGCGCCCAAAUGAAGAACUACAAGAUGCAAAUGAUAACGGAGACGGUGAUAUUGGUGUUAUUCAUUGGCGCUGAUACGCGGAUCGAGAACACCUCGCAGAGCAACAUUGUUCAGUUCUGUCGCAGUGAUCACAACAACGAGAACAGCGAGGAGAUGAUCUGUCAACCGGAUCUGACCAAUCAGGAGAACUCCAUGCUGAUAGCCGAUCUCGAUCAGGAUGGCAGCCAAGAGUUGGUCUCCUACAUGUCCACAUUCGUGCAGGACAACGUCGAUGAUCCAGCCAGCGAUUGGAAACUAGUCAGCUAUGUCCGACUGCUGCGUCUGCAGUCCGAGUUGCCCGCCUUCUACGAUCAGGAGAAGCGCAACUAGACGGCAUACUUGCCACACUUGAUGGAUGAUGGAUUAUGACAGCAUUUAAACAAGAGUACUUAGUAGUUAAAUUGCUAGUUGCAUGUAUUACGAUUACAAUUAACAAUUACGAUUGUACUAUAUAUAUAUAAAUAUAUAUAUAUAUAUUAUAAAUAGAACCCUUUUCUAGACUCCUACCUCCCUGCCUCCCCCCGUAAAAUAAAGCACUCGUGGAAAAUAGUCGCCACCAGAUGUGAACUUUAAA